AUGUCCGGCCAACCAUCGGAUGCCGGCGCACCCGGCAUGGCUUCCGCCGCCGAUGCCGCCGACAUUGCCACCGACUCGCCCACCCACACCGCCACCAGGAAGGCCUCGUCGUCGCAGCAGCCGCUGCGGCAUGGGCGCAAGCCCAUCUACCCGGACAGCGAUGCCGAGGCCGAGGGGCUCGACGCCGACGUUGACGACGAGCAGCUAGAGACGGGCCUCGCAAACGUCAAUGGCAACGACGAGCGCAGCUCCCUCCUCUCUGGGCCUGGCGGACGGAAUGCCAAGCACGCGUCAUCCACCACCGCCGGCUGGACCUUUGUCGACCAUGUCCGCGCCAGGCUGCCGCGCGCGCUCGGAGGCGAUCCGGCUCGAGCUUCCAAGCUGCGCAGGGCGCAGAGGCGGCACACGUCGACCGCCUCGUCGGCCCCAUCCCGACGCAACUCGCGCAACCUCUCGUCGGCGUCUGGCGGGUCGUCGUCGUUCGCCGCUUGGCGGCACAAGCACCCGAAUGUGGUGCGCACCGCCUACUGCGUCCUCGGCCUCGUCGCGCUCGUCGUCGUCCUCUUUGCCAUGGCCGUUGCGCACUUUUUCCUCACCAUUCCGUCGGCGCCCUCGGCCGAGGCGCAGUCAAAGAUGCUCGACGAAUCGCUGCUGCUCAAGGGCCCGGAUCGCCUGCAGCUGCUCAACAUCUCCGACGACGGCGUCCUCGUCCGCGUCGACGCCAGGCUCGGCAUCGAUCCGGACCACGCCCUCGACACCUGGCUCGGGGCCAAGGGAUCGCAGGGCUGGCUCAAGAACCAGGAGCGCAAGGUCGUCGAAUGGGCCAUGGGCAAGGUGGCGGGCGUGCAGGUCGACAUCGGCGAGGUGCGCCUCGCAGAGAUGGGCGCGGCCUGGUCCGACGCUGCCUUGGACGGGGCAGGGUUUGGCGUCCAGCUCCUCGAGUCCGGCCCUGCCUUUGAGCCCCUCGACUUGCUCUCGUUCCACCUCGAUCCCGUCAUCCUGCCGCUACCACCCCUCAACCGCAAGGUGCCCGCCGAUGAUGCCGACGAGUCGUCCAAGCCUCCCAUCCUCGGCAAUCACAGCACGCCCGCGGCCCGCCACAACAUGCACCCGCUCAACCUCACCGUGCUCCUCAAGCCCGUCUCGCCCGCCGAGCACAUCAUGGAGUACGCAAAGGCCGCCGUCACGACGGGCAAGGCCAAGCUCGACGUCAAGAUCAGCAGCCUCCGCGUCCGGGGUCUCGGCGACAAGGAGGUACGCCACGGCAUCGUCGACGGACGCAGAAAGACGAGCUGGUUCGACGUGCCCCGGCGCAUCGACGUCAGCCAGCGCCUGAUCCGCAGCCCGGUCAAAGAGAGGGUCCCCAAGCUCAAGAACGACACCGAUACCGAGGACCUGCUCAAGCUCGAUGGCUACGAGUUCUUCGAGAUCGGCCAGGACGACGAGGACCUGUCCACGUCGGCGAUGCGCGCGCUCGGCAUCCGCGCCAAGGCCAUGGCCAAGAACCCGCUCGGCCGUACGCUGCAAGGCCAGGUUGGCUACAGCCUUCCGUUCGGCAUCUACCUGCCCGUCGGUGCGCCUGCCGCGGCGCCGGUCCCGUCCGCUGCCGAUGGCCAAGACAAGAACACGGCCGACGACUCGGUACUCAUGGCCGUGGUGGCCACCGAGCCGUUUGCGUUGACCGGUCAGAAGAAGGUCCGGCUGAACCUCGAGGGGAGGGUGGUGCCGCCUCCCAAAGACAGCAAGCCCCGGCUGCAGACUGUCGAUGGCGGGGCGCCGUCCCGCUACGAGGCUGCAGCUGCAUCCCAGCUCGUCUUUUCGAGCGGACCCGGAUCGCUUCCAGCGGCCGCCUCGCACUCGGACGAGGAGGAAGACGACGCCAGAGCCGCCGCGGGCGAAGACACCCCGCAGCAGGCCGCGCUGAGCAACUUCCUCAGCAAGUUCCUGCGCGGUGAUCCCAACACCGUCUACGUGCGCGGCGGGUCUCCCUUCAGCAAGCCCGCCGACGGCCAGCAGAACCGAAGCCUGGCGACGGAUGGAGACGGAGCGGAGUUGCCCGGGGGAGGAUCGGUGCUGCCGGCCUGGAUGGACUCGGCGCUGCGCCUCGUCGACCUGCCCAUCAGCUUCCCCGGCAGCAAGGUGACUGACCUGAUCAAGAACGUGACCAUCGCCGACCUCAAGAUCACGCCGCACCCGUUCGAAAAGGACAAGCUGCUGUGCAGCGGCACCGUCAUGGGCGUCAUGAACCUGCCCGGCCAGCUCAGCACGGUCGACGUCAAGAUCACGCACCUGUGGCCCGACAUCCUCGUCUACGACGGCAAGCCCCCGAGCAUGCGCAACCCGGGCCACGGCGGCGACGGUGACGAUGACGACGAUGGUGGUGACGGCGACGACGACGGCGACGGUGACGACGAUGACGAGGUCGAGAGCCGCCGCGGCGCCAGCAAGUGGGCCAAGCGCACCGCCAGCCUCUCGCCGAGCAGCCUGACUGCCCUGACGGAUCUUAUGGCGUUUCCGGACUCGUUGUUCGGAUCCUCGAAGUCCAAGGAGGAGCCUGCGCCGCCGCUGCCGGACCCUCUGCCCUCCAAGGCGUUUGGUCGGGUGCGACCGCACGACUUUGCGCCCGCCACGACGUUCCCGGACCCGUCGGACCCGACGGGCCAGACCAAGCUGCUGCGGUCCGAGCUCAAGGACGUGCCGUUCACGGUGCUACCCGGGCGCGGGCCCAUUUUCCGCUCGUUUACCUGGAAGCUCGUGACGGGCGAAGGUGCGCUGGCGGGCAUCGAGGGCACCAGCCGCGCCAAGAUCUGGAACUCGGGCCUGGGCACGCUGCAGCUGCGCAACCUGCCGGUCAAGGGGGCCUUUGUCGUCGGCAAGCGCGGCUGA